CUACACCGCGUAUUUAGUGGAUAAACAACCUCUUUGCGGUGUGCACGUGUGUUCGUCUACGCACCUUUACGAUUACUUUACGAUUUCGAAUCUUAACAAUAAUAUAGUUUGCUAGUGUUGUUCGUGGAGGAUGCAUUAAGUGUUGAUAGGAGUAACUAUUUGAAACUGAAAGUUUUAAGUGUCUGUGAAAAGUGGGAUCAGGUCAAAAGUCCCCCAGCUCACUUCCGUAAAAGGUAGAUACAUAAUUUGUCCGGCGCAUGACACUACGAUCAUCGCGUGCGCAAGAUAAUAAAGAAGGUCACCGGCUGCGGUUGAGCCCUAGGCGCCGCGAGUAACAGACUAUAUCGACAAUGACCGUCAAGAAAUCGAAUCGAUGUGGAGGUUGGGCAGCAAUCGUCGCAAGGCAGAAAUUGCAUAAUGCGAAACAAGAGUUAGAUGUUGUUAACAUAAACAAACAGACAACACAUGAUGAUUACAACACAAUCGUUGGGUUCAACGAGAAAGACCAAUUACAAUUACGAACUAGAGAAGAGGCAAUUGAAGAUGAUAAACAAAAACUUAUCAAAGAUUACAAUUUCAAAACGAAUAAAUAUGAGAAUAUCGCCAUUGAUGACAUUAUUACAUGCGUCAAUAUUGAAAAUUUUCCGAAUUGCGAAAACACUCUAGUCUUCUACGUAAAUAAAAAUAUAAAUAAAGAAGCUAUAGCGCUCAAAUUUGAAAAUGAGCAGGACUUCAAAAGAAUAUACUUCACAUAUAAAUACUUUAAAAUGCGGAAUAGGCUUACUACAAAUUACACAAGCAGUGAUAGCCUCUUUUCGAAAAAGAAUCUUAAAAAUCGAAAAAACAGCAUGGAGGACUAUGUAUUUUUUGAUAAAAAGCUUGAAUAUGAUGUGAAACAGAUAGAGCAUGAUGGGGUCACCCAUAUAUCAGUUCAACAAAAAGGUUUCAAUUCAAAAUAUGACCAACCCUUAAGUUUAAUUGGUAUAAGAAACGAUGUUGACGCUGGUGAAAUAGAUAGUAUAAUAUACACUGAUAUAGAAAUUCCAGCAAAACCUCAAAAGAAAAAGUUAUUUAAUAAGAAAGCUAAGGCUCCAUCACCUCCAAUACUAACGAAAGAAACGCCGAAGGUAUUAAAAGGCGAAUUUGUUAGAGUGAACGUAGACAGAUCACCAGAUGUUGUUCCUAAAGAUUUUAAACAGAAUAAAAUUCCUGAUAUUCUUAUAUUUAGGGAUAAAUCAAAACGAGGCAGUCCGACAAGUAAUCUGUGGUCUACAAAUAAAGUGAACACGGGCUACGACUCCGAUUGCGAGGAAUGGAGAAGCAGCCGGUCCCAGUUCUCAACGACAGCGUUUGACAGCCUCGCCCGCCCCACCAAAACUGCAAUGGCGCUAACCCUCAGGAAACCACAGCGAGUAGAACCGGUCCCUCAAUAUUACCGCCUAAACGACACAUCCAAACUAACACCCCUCCAAUUCCGACCGAACAAUUUCCUCCCCCGACCUCCGAGACUACCUAGAGCCAGCACAGACAAAAGAAACCUGAUAGAUCAUAGGAUGUACACCUCUUUACAAAACCUGGAGAUGCCAAAGAAACUAAGCGAGCCAAAAAAGCAGAGUGAAAAGAAGAACUACUCAAACAUUUCCAACAAGAUAACUGGACUGACUAAUAAAUUGAGAGAUUUCGGUAAUGGCAACACCAUUGGAAGGUUUAAGGCGCAAUCGCACAGUGACGUAGCUAAUUUAAAGCCAGUAUUAAAAAGUCAUGAUGGAGCAAAGCGAUCCGUUGUUCGGACGUGCAGUGCUGAGCCACCAAAGAAAGUUACAUUCAGCGCGUUUGCAACUGUCCAAGUCGUCUGAACGUUAUAAUCGAGAAAUUAAAGUUAAAUCUAAUUCUUUUAUCGCAAUUGAUGUUAUUUCAAAACAAGUUCAUGUAUAAAAUUCACUAUAAUAAUGAAACGAUCCGACAAAGUGACCUUUUGAAAUACUUUUCAAUUCUAGAAUCUGCGCUAACAGAUAUAAAUUUGAUCUUUUAUAGGAGCCCUUAGAAGUAGAUUUUCAGUCAAGUAUUGAAGCACCUUGUAAUAUAUUUUAAAUAAUAUGCAGGUCGGGAAAUCGUGUAAAUAUGUACUAGUAAGCUUUUGUUGGUAACAAGUAAUGUUGUAUUAGCAAAAACCGAUAAUAUUGAUACAGUCAAUUAAUCAAUUUCAUGAUCAAAUAUAAUGAAAUAAUAUGUUAAAUUGAAUUUGUAGAUUCAGUAGAUUCAGAGGGAACAGAUAAGGGGUGUGCAUAUUUCAUUUUACAUUUAAUUAAUGACUAUUGACUAAGAAUGAUUAUUAAAUUACUGAAGACGAUAUCUACUAUUAGAAUGUUUGCGUUAUAUUGACGAAACAAAACAGAACACCAUAUAUAACAAAAAAAAAAUUAAAUUAAAAGUAUCAUAACUUCCUAUUUUAUAAAAUCUAGUGACAAAUCCCAUCCAUUACAAUUCAUAUUAUUCAGUGAUUUCUGUAAAAAGCAGUCAGUAGGAAAGUCACAAUUCGCUACUAUAUUUUCCCGUACCAUGAAUGCUAUGCUGUUAAUAAACAAACUAUCGAAGCGCGCUCCUAUCGACUGCUUUUAUUACCUUCAUUAGGUUCUCUGGAGUCUACCAGAACCCGCCCAGCCCAAACAUGACCAGAAGUCCUUGACCAAUUGAAAUGCCACCAAUCUUUGUGAGAGAGAUUGCCGUCGGUCAAUUUCAGAUGAAUGUAAAUCUGAAAUAUUGUUAUUUAUUUAUUCUUUGUGAAUAAUUAUUAUAAGCAGUAGUCUGAGUACUCGCUUUGCACUUUGACCUUAUAUAAGGAUCCUUGCACUGACGUAGUUGUAUAUUUUGUGAGUUUUAGUCACUUAUAGCAUAUGUAAUAUAUACUAAUAUGUAGUCUUUGAGUAUACAUUUAAAAAAACAUUCGAUUUAGUCGAAACGUCGAUGUGAAACUUUUCUUAAACUAAUUCAACUUUUGUCGGCAUAAUUGUAUAGACCGAUUUUAGUCUAUGUAUAAAAUUAUAAUCUACUCUCAUACUUAUUAUCUAAUUUUAUUGUCGUUGUAUAUAUGAUUUUAUGAUAAUUUUGUUAAAUGCACUUUGUCUAACCUAGGCACUUUAUUUUGCGCGCCAUUUUGCUAAUGUUUAUCAUAAUUUUACUUGUAUAUAAGGAUAUGUAGAUAGAUAAAUUAUGUUAUUAUGUAUAAAAGUAUUUACCUUAUUUAAUAAGAACACUAAUGUCAUCUAGCUUCUAGAAUGUUGUUGUGUUUAGCGAGUUUUUGAAAAUAAAGAUCAUUUUGUUGA